UAGAAAGGUUUCAAGAGAACUUCGGAGUUCUGAAAAAAUUAAUAAGUCGCGUUCAGUCAAAAGAAAGAAUGUUUUUAAUCCGAAAACAGCCGAACGUGAUGAAAGUAUUCAGAGUACAUCUUCUAAAAAAUUAAAACAAAACACUGAAGAUGAUGUACCUGAAGACAGCAGUACUGAAUUUCGAAUAAUAAAUUUUAUUCAGGUAUUCACUGCAAUUUCUGCUCUUAUAAAAUGUAAAAAAUGUGAUGGAAAUGUAGUGUUUCAAACAGCAAGUACACGUGGGCUGGGAUUCAAAAUUGUAGUUGCAUGUAAUAACUGUGGAAAUGAAUAUAUUCCUUCCUGUUCUUUCGUUGGGCAUUCUUAUGAAAUAAACAGACGUUUCAUUUUUGUAAUGAGAAUACUAGGAAUAGGAUACGAAGGAUUGUGCAAGUUUUGCGGCCUGAUGGACAUGCCGUCUUUUUUAGAUAAAUCUACGCAUACAAUUUUACUGAAACAGAUUUUGAAUUGUAGUAAAGCCGUCGCAGAAACCUUCAUGACGAAAGCUGUGAAUGAAGAAAAGCAAGCAAUGCCAACAACUGAAAAUGAAGAUAUAAAUCAUCUAACUGUAUCGGGAGAUGGAACCUGGCAAAAACGGGGAUAUACAUCGUCAUUUGGAGUUUCUUCUAUAAUUGGCUAUUUUACUGGAAAGAUUCUUGACAUAAACAUUAAAAGUGCAUAUUGUAAGCUAUGUGAGUAUUGGAAAAAAAAAACAAAUACUGUUGAGUUCGAGGAAUGGUAUCAAUCGCAUGAAGAUGUGUGUUCUGCUAAUCAUCAAGGGUCUUCUGGGAAAAUGGAGGUGGAUGCGAUGGUCGAAAUGUUUUCGUAUUCUGAAACUAAAUAUGGAGUUAAGUAUGCCAACUAUAGUGGUGAUGGUGACUCCAAGACCUAUUCAGGAAUUAUAAAAUCAGAUCCUUACGAAAAUACAACUGUAAAUAAAAAGGAAUGUAUAGGGCAUGUCCAAAAGCGGAUGGGGAGUCGAUUACGUACGCUGAAGAGUAAACAAAAAGGUCUUGGUGGUCGAGGUAAGCUCACAGGAAAAUUAAUAGACAAACUAACUGUGUACUAUGGUUUAGCAAUACGCCGGCAUUGUGAUUCUAUUGAAAAUAUGAAAUCUGCUAUAAUGGCAACCUUUUAUCACUACGGCUCGAGUGAUGAAAAACCGAAUCAUGAUAUGUGUCCAAAAGGCGAAGAAUCUUGGUGCUCUUACCAGCGCGCUGAAGCAAGAGGAGAGCUUGAUACCUUUUCUCACGAUUAUUCUCCUUUACCUUCUGAUGUUUUAAAAGCUAUCAAGCCUAUAUACGAAGAUCUUAGUAAUGAAAAUUUACUUUCAAGAUGUGUAGGUGGAUUCAAUCAGAAUAAUAAUGAAAGCUUUAACCAACUAGUAUGGAAAAUAUGCCCAAAAACGUCUUGAUGAAUACACUAGGACUUAAUUGUGGGCCUAAUUCUCAUCGGUAUGCAGAAAGAAUGGAUGCUGCACGUAUCAAAGUAGCAGAUAAGCGCGCUAAUGAUAACACCCGAGAAGGUCGAUUGCAACGUAGGCACCAGCAAAUCGAUAUUUUGGAAGCUGCUAUGUCGGCUGAAGAGCUAUUAUAUGGUCCAGGAAUAGAUGACUCAGUAUGAAUCUCCAAGGACUUAUGAUGAUCACCGCAAAGGACUUCGGGAGGAACGGGCUCUACAAAAACAGCGAUAACUUUUUGAAUUAUUAAUUUUUUUUUUUGAAAUUUUCGUGAAGUCAAAUCGAAACGUGUUCUAAUAAAGCUAUGUUUUUAUUUUUGUCAAAUAAAGUAAUUAACUACAAAAAAAAAAUUAUUGAAAAUCA